ACUGGAUAAAGGAAGAACAGUUUAAACUGCCGUAUGCAGGAAAGACGGCUGGUAAAAAGUCGCCGACUGAGUGAACAUGAAAAUGAAUAGAAUAUAGCUGACCAUCUGCAGAACGAUUGUAUUACAUCUGCGAUGGGGUUGAUCCAUUGCUGCAGUGCCUUGCUGCUGCUUGCCUUUAUUCCCAAAGGCUGUCAUGGAGGAAACAUUUUGGUCUUACCCACUGAGGGGAGCCACUGGAUCAACAUGGAUAUUCUAGUUAAGGCUUUGCACUCCAGAGGACACAACAUAACUGUUGUGCGUUCUAACAAUAGCUGGUACAUCAAGGAAAAAUCCUCUUAUUACAAUUCUUAUACAGUUCAAGUGGAGAGGAGUAUCGAUCAGAAGUUCAUGACAGAAUUUAUUGGUAAAGUCAUGGAAUUUGAAACAGGGUCUCAAACAUUGACAGAAUACAUUGGAAUGAUGAGGUAUUUUUUGGAAAUUCACCAUAUGGGGGGUGAAUUAGUAUCAGCAAUGCUAGAGGACAAAGAGUUAAUGAGAAUCCUAAAGGACAGUAAGUUUGACCUGGUACUCACCGACCCCACCUGUGGCCUUGGGGUCAUUUUGGCCAAAUAUUUAAACCUUCCUUUAGUUUAUAAUGUUCGUAUGGCAUUGGCUGGAGAGGCUCAUCUUGCUAUUGCUCCGUCACCUUUAUCUUUUGUUCCUGUAACAGGAUCGGGAAACACUGAUAAGAUGACCUUCAUUCAGAGAGUAAAAAAUGUCUUUUGGCAACUACAACUCUUCAUCCUACAGGAGGCAGUGACAAAGGGAAUUUACCAGAAAUUGUGUGACAAAUAUCUUGGGUCCGAUAUUAACUUUAACCAUUUAAUGCUUGAAGCAGACAUCUGGCUGAUGAGAGUGGACUUUGUGUUGGAGUUUCCUCGACCCACCAUGCCUAAUGUUGUCUAUAUUGGAGGGUUUCAAUGUGAACCAGCAAUGCCUCUUCCUGAGCACCUAGAGGAGUUUGUGCAGAGUUCUGGAGAGCAUGGGGUCAUCAUCAUGUCUCUGGGGAGCUUUGUAAAAGAACUUCCUGCUGAUAUAACAAACAAGAUCGCUGCAACUUUUGCUAAAUUACCACAGAGAGUCAUCUGGAGACAUAAAGGUGCCAGACCAGCCACUCUGGGCAACAACACUUUAAUAGUAGACUGGAUGCCACAGAAGGACCUUUUAGGACAUCCCAAGGUGAAACUGUUUGUGGCUCACGGAGGAACAAAUGGCAUUUAUGAAGCUUUGUGUCACGGAGUUCCAGUUGUUGGUCUUCCUUUGUUUUAUGAUCAGUACGACAAUCUGGUGCGUCUAAAGGAGAGAGGCGCAGCUAAAUUUAUUACCAUCCAAACCGUGUUAAAAGACAACAACUUUCAGGAUGCCAUCCAGGAAGUCCUGAAUGAGCCCUCCUGCAGGUCAAACAUGCAGAGACUCUCCAGGCUGCACAAAGAUCAGCCGAUGAAGCCGCUGGAUACCGCCCUCUUCUGGAUAGAGUUUGUCAUGAGGCACAAAGGUGCAGCUCACCUGAGAACAGAGUCCUACAGACUGCCCUGGUACUCCUACCACUCUGUAGAUGUGUUUUUGUUCCUGGCUGGAGCUUUGCUACUUGUGAUCUUCACAGUUUUUAUCUUCAUCCGGUGUUUGUGCACUACCAUGUGUAAAUCUAAAGUGAAAUGUGACUAAUCGCUCAAGGGAUAUAUAUGCACAUUUAUUUAAAAUAAUACUUCAAUAUGCAAUAGGAUUUUGGGAUUACAAUUAUAGAUUGAUAUAAGAUUGUUUGAGUGUACAUUCAUGGAACAUUUGACAGCUGACAAGCUUUCGCAUUUUGUAUGUUAUUUUAAUUAGUUUGAUUAUAUUUAAGUAAAGUGCUAGAUCAACUAAAUUAAUGUUUUGACAUUUUUUCACAUCUCUGCAAGCAUAAUAAUUUAUAUAAAUGUAGUUUAUUUUGCAAGUCAAAUUGUCUCUCUUUGACCUUUGUUCAUGGACAAAUAGGGAGUGCUAUUAUUCUUAAAGGUAACUUAAUGAACAUGAACUUAGUUUGAAAGAUUCACAGGCUUUUAAUGUUUAGGUCCGGUCAUUCCUUAUGCAGCUAAAAUAUGUUUUCUGUCUUAUUGUGACAUUUUCUUUGCACUGUGGCCUUGCAUGUGUAUUUUGACAUACCUGAUGUGAAUGCAAUUUGUGAGCUCAUUGAAAUGAGCUUCAGUUGUUUUUGCUUUUUGUUUUUUGCCAACAGUCUUCUAUUGUGCUCCUGUGAUGCUGAGCCUGUUUACAGACAAUAAGCAAAUAUUUGACAACUCUGGAUAUGUAUGGUUUGCGUUAAAGAACCAUACAAUAAACAUUUACCUUCAAACUGUGUAUUUAUUGAAGGCACACAUCACUCUCACAGUAGCAGCCUCUCAGUGGAGUACAUAGCAUAUACUACACUCUGAAAUACUUAUUCUUAAGUGUAUUGACUUUCUACAGUAAGUAUGUUUCCCUAAAAGGUGUAGUCUCUAACUGAAGGAUGUGCACAGGUCAAA